CUAGCUCGCUGCAUGCUCUGGCAAUCGCAGGGGUGCCGCAUAGCACUCUACCGCACGACCGGCAAGUGAUAAGAAGCGCUCUCGCAGCGCUCACCACCAUUGCGCCUCCUAUCCGCCGCGGCGACGCCCAAAAGAGGAUGCGCACAAUAGCUCUCACGGUCGCUGCCUCGUGCCUGCUCGGCGUGGCCUGCCUCUCUUUACCGACGCGCAAGAACGUCCUGCAGGCGUCGGCCGGUGCCGCGUUAGCAACCACGCUGCCAGCACAAGCCGCCAAGGGCGACACCGCCACCCUGGAAACGACCGAAGGGACCAUAACGAUAGAAUUGAAGCCCGAGUGGGCGCCCAUUGGCGUCGAGCGCUUCAAGGAGUUGAUCAAUGUGGGCUUCUACGACGAAGCGAGAUUCUUUAGAGUCGUGCCCGGCUUCAUCGUGCAGUUCGGCCUGAGCGGAGACCCGGCCCUAAAUAAAAAGUACAAGGCCGCCAACUUAAAAGACGACCCCGUCAAGGUCAGCAACAAGAAGGGCACUUUAGUUUUUGCGACGGCGGGCCCGAACACGCGCACGAGUCAAAUGUUCAUCAACUUCGGCGACAACGGCUUCCUCGACCGGCAGGGCUUCUCGCCCAUCGGCGAGGUCACUUCUGGCUUAGAUGUGGCGUUGAAGCUCAACGCGGAGUACGGCGAGAAGCCGAACCAGGGCAAGAUCACGUCCCAGGGCAACGCGUACUUGCAGGAGGCGUUCCCGCGGCUGUCGUACAUCAAGAAAGCAUCGCUGUCGUGAGGUUCGUCUGUCGGUCGCCCGGUAACGUAUUUCUAGUCGCCG